CCUUCGUUCAGUAUGUUAAUGAGAGAAAUGCUCUGGCCGCUGUGGCAGGAGAGGAUGGCAGAAUGAUUGCUGGCCAGGUUUUAGGUAUUAAUCUGGCCGCAGAGCCAAAAGUGAACUGAGGAAAAGCAGAUGUGAAGUGAUCUGCAGCGGAGAUGUACGGCUCCUCUUUGGACUUGGACUAUGACUUUCAACGAGAUUAUUAUGACAGGAUGUAUCGUUACCCAGCGCUUGUUCCUCCUCCUCCUCCUGCUAUUGCUCAGGCUGUAGUUCCUUCAAAACACCAGCGUGUAUCAGGAAACACCUCACUAAGGGGCAAAAGUGGCUUCAAUUCUAAGAGUGGACAGCGAGGAUCUGCUUCCAAUUCUGGAAAGUUGAAAGGCAAUGACCUUCAGACCAUUAAGAAGGAGUUGACCCAGAUAAAACAAAAAGUGGAUUCUCUACUGGAAAGCCUGGGAAAAAUUGAGAAAGAACAGAGCAAACAAGGAGUAGAGAUGAAGAAUGAUAAGUCAGAAGAGGAGCAGAGCAGCAGCUCCCUGAAGAAAGAUGAGACUAAUGUGAAGAUGGAGUCUGAGGGGGGUGCAGAUGACUCUGCUGAGGAGGGGAACCUACUGGAUGAUGAUGAUAAUGAAGAUCGGGGGGAUGACCAGCUGGAGUUGAUCAAGGAUGAUGAAAAAGAGGCUGAGGAAGGAGAGGAUGACAGAGACAGCGCCAAUGGCGAGGAUGACUCUUAAGCACAUAGUGGGGUUUAGAAAUGUUGUCCCAUUAUUUCUUUACCUAGGCUUUUGUCGAAGAUCAAAAUUUUCACCAGAUCCUCUCCCCUAGUAUCUUCUUCAGCACAUGCUCACUGUUCUCCCCAUCCUUGUCCUUCCCAUGUUCAUUAAUUCAUAUUGCCCUGCGCCUAGUCCCAUUUUCACUUCCUUUGACGCUCCUAGUAGUUAUGUUAAGUCUUACCCUGUAGUUUUUGCUUUUAAUUUUGAUACCUCUUUAUGACUUAACAAUAAAAAGGAUGUGUGGUUUUUAUCAGUUGUCUCCAAAAUAAUCUCUUGUUAUGCAGGGAGUACAGUUCUUUCCAUUCAUUCAUACAUGAGCUCAGUAGUUGCUUCCCUAACUCCAGAGGCAAUCGCAUUAGUUGAAUAGCACCUGAGAGCAGCUCUGAGUUAGAGGUAUGUGUGUUAUACCCCACAUAAGAGUGCUAUGUGGGGCUGUUCAACACAAAUGUAACAAUGUACUUUUGUGAAUCAGAGUUGGCAUGUCAAAUGCAUCCUCUAGAAAAAUAGUGUAAUAGUCUUAAGAUUUGUUUUCAAAAGUUGAUACUGUGGGUUAUUUUUGUGAACAGCCUGAUGUUUGGGACCCUUUUUUCUCAAAAUAAACAAGUCCUUAUUAAACCAGGAAU